AGUGACAUUUGAUAUAUGAAAUUGGAGAAUUCUAAUACUUACGUUGUUCGUCAUAUAAACCCUAAUUAUAAUCGGGUAGGAUUUUGAACUUCGGGUCAUCAAUUUGGCACCGGCAUCUUCACCACCCAGAGAUUUCAGCUCGCCGAAGGCAAUUCCCCGCCAAUUUCUUGCUAGCCUUAUUUUUUUCAGAAUCUUUACCGCCUUCUAAUGGCAGUCGCAGAGCCGCCACCCUUGGACAUUUUAGUGAGAGAUCCAGAGGGAUUUACUAUCUGGAGUGGGCCUCCAUUCAGCAGUGGCGAACCCAGUGUGAAAUUGAAUAAAGUACCAUGUACGAGUACAAAGUUCAGUGAGGAUGGGUCAAAACUCAUGGUCAUCAGAUCUGACUCUGUUAUUAGCAUCUAUGAUUCCAAGAACUUGGUAGAGAUAAGGUCCUUACAAGUACCAAACCUUCUUGCUGCUAGCAUAUCUCCCUGUGGGACUUAUGUUCAGACCUUUCAGAAGUCUACAUCUCCACAGGAUAAGAAUGUGGUUGUGUGGAAGACAGAAACUGGUGACUCUGUUUAUCAAGUAUUCCAGAAGAACAUGACAAAAACAACAUGGCCCUCAGUCCGAUUUAGCUCUGAUGAAGCUGUAGCAUGCCGUUUAGCAACAAAUGAAGCACAAUUCUUUGACCCUGGAGACUUCUCAAAAGGGAUUACUCAUAGGCUUAGAGUGCCCGGAAUAGCUGCAUUUGACCUAUCUAGAAACCCUGGAUCUCAUGUGGCGGCAUUUGUUCCAGAAUCAAAGGGGAUGCCAGGCAAUGUUCAAAUAUUUGCGUGCAGAAAGGAGUUGCAGAAUCAACCUGUUGCCCGAAAAAGUUUCUUUAGGUGUUCAUCAGUGCAGCUGAGCUGGAACAGUGGUUCCACGGGUCUCUUGGUUGUUGUUCAGUCAGAUGUUGAUAAGACAAAUCAAAGUUACUAUGGAGAGUCAAAGUUAAACUAUUUGACUACUGAUGGAACUUAUGAAGGAUUAGUGCCACUUCGUAAGGAAGGGCCUGUGCAUGACGUUCAAUGGUCUUCCUCUGGUAAAGAAUUUGCUGUUGUUUAUGGAUUUAUGCCUGCAAUGGCGACGAUAUUUGACAAAAAGUGCAAUCCUUUACUGGAGCUUGGGUCUGGCCCAUACAAUACCAUUAGAUGGAAUCCAAAAGGAAAGUUUAUAUGUUUGGCAGGCUUUGGGAACUUGCCUGGUGACAUGGCAUUCUGGGACUAUUUGGAAAAGAAGAAAUUGGGAGCUACAAAAGCUGAAUUAUCAGUGACAAGUGAAUGGUCCCCAGAUGGGCGGUAUUUUAUGACUGCCACAACAGCUCCAAGACUGCAGGUUGACAAUGGGAUCAAAAUCUUUCAUCAUAAUGGCUCGUUGUAUUUCAAGAGGAUGUUUGACAAGUUGUUCCAGGUGGACUGGAAACCAGAGUCACCUGAUAAGUUUGGCGAUAUUACAGAACUUUCGAAAUCUGUUGACUCCUUGAAAUUGGAAGAAACAACAAGACAAGGCCAAGGAUCCAAAACUACUCAGGCUUCCUCAAAAACUGCUAGUUCCAACCCUUCAGUACAAAAACCUGCUGCAUAUCGUCCGCCUCAUGCUAAAGCAGCAGCUGCAGUUCAGGCAGAGCUAUUCGGAGUAAGCCCUUCCGGAGAAAUGAGCAAGAACGCACUUAAAAACAAGAAGAAAAGAGAGAAACAAAGGGAGAAGAAGGCCGCGGAAGCUGCCGGUGGAUCUUGAUUGUGCGCGUGCAUGUGCCAAACUGUCCGAUGAGCCAUUUUCAAUGGUAUAAGUUUCAAAGCAUUCAUGUGUGUCCUGGUGGUGCUACUGCAAUGCUAUUUCAAGAGAGGUGGUCUAAUAUUGUUUUCACUGAAUUGAGAUGCAUUCUUACUCUCUUCCUGACAUUUUUGUUUCUGGUUCUGUCUUAGGACAUGGACUGAUACAUACUAUAUAUUGACUGAUUAAGGAAAUUAUGAAGAGAACUUAAUGAAAUUUGCCAGUUACUUGA